AUGACUGACAGACGAAGAAUCAAUGGGCCGCCUAGCGGCACGAGGCCGGCCGUUUUCGCCUCGUCUCUAAAGUCCGCCUCAAGCAUUUCCACUGCCAGACCUCGCCGUCAAAGGCAGCCCGAUGAGUUGCGCAAAAUCUUCCUGAAAACCGGUCUCAUUCCUUCGGCUUCCGGUUCCGCCUAUCUGGAAUACGAACCCUCCGCCUCUCUUGCUGCUGCUCGCUCAUCCCCCCAAUCCCUCAUCCCGCCCUCCUCGGCUUUGAAGCUUGCUUGCACAGUCCAUGGCCCGAAGCCCCUUCCGCGCUCGGCUAGCUUCUCCCCCAAUAUCGUUCUCACCACGCACGUCAAAUAUGCGCCGUUUGCUGCCCGCCAAAGAAAAGGACAUAUCCGCGAUGCUAGCGAACGGGACCUGGGUGUGCAUCUAGAGACAGCCCUCAGAGGCGUUAUUGUCGCCGAGCGCUGGCCCAAGAGUGGUCUGGACAUCACCAUCACUAUCCUGGAAGCAGAAGAUGAUCGCUGGUGGGGUGACGCCCCCGAUUCACAUGAUGCCCCUUGGGGAAUGAUGAAUGUGCUGGCUGGAUGUAUCACUGCUGCAUCUGCAGCUAUUGCCGAUGCUCGUAUCGACUGUCUAGACCUUGUGGCAGGAGGUGUGGCCGCCAUAGUCUCCGAUGAGACAGAAGAGGGCGAGCCAUCCACCCCGAAGCUCAUGCUCGAUACCGACCCAGCCGAGCACAAGUCUAUCCUCUCCGCCUGUGUGGUCGCGUACAUGCCUUCUCGGGACGAAAUUACAGAACUCUGGCUAAAGGGCGACCACUCCAAGGCAUCUUUAGGCACCACUGAUCAGAACCUAAGCCAUGAAUCUCUCAUAGAUGGGGCAGUGAAUGCAGCUCGGGGGGCUCAUACGGUUCUCGCGGAGGCUGUGAAAGAGUCUGCUGUGAGAUUUGCUGGCUUACCAACUGGCGGAGACACACUGUAA